AAAAAACACACCACGAUCCACCCACAAAGCCAUCUCUUCCCGAACACUUGCUCUGCUCCUACUAUCCUGUCAGAAUCCCCAAGCUAAACGCUUCAAUAAUACUCCCACAAGAACUGCGCGCUCCACAAAAUCUCAUGACCCGAAACCCUCGCCAUCACCACCACCACCGAUGGCCGCCGACCUCCUGCUCCUCCGCUUCGUGCCGCUCCUCCUGCUGCUGCUAGCGGCGUCUCUGGUGCCGCCCGCCUCCUCCGCGUCGUCGUCGGCGGGGAAGAACAACACCGUCAGCAUCGACUCGGCCACGCUCUCCUUUUCUGACCUGACGCUGCUGGGGGACGCCUUCCUGCGGAACGGCUCCGUGGGGCUGACGCGGGACACGGGCGUGCCGUCCUCCAGCGCCGGCACCGUACUGUGCAGCCGACCCGUCGCGCUCCGGGGCAGCGGCAACGCCACCGCAUCCUUCGCCGCCAGGUUCUCCUUCGUCGUCUCCAACCAGAACGCCGGCUCCACCGGCGGCGACGGCAUCGCCUUCUUCAUCUCCUCCGACCGCGCCACCCUCGGCGCCACCGGCGGCUACCUCGGCCUCUUCAACUCCUCGGUCGCCGCCGUUGCCGUUCCGAAUGACGACGACGCCGACGCCGACGUCGGCGGCCCCGCCAUCGUCGGGGUGGAGUUCGACACUAUGGUCAACGCCGAGCUCGGCGACCCGAGCGACAACCACGUCGGGCUGGACCUCGGCUCGCCGGCCUCCGUCAGUGCCGUCGACCUCGCUGACUCGGGAAUCGUCCUCAAGAGCGGCAACCUCACCACCGCGUGGAUCGAUUACCGCGGGGCCGAACACCUCCUCGAGGUGUCGCUGAGCUACUCCCGUGUCAAGCCGAAGCGGCCCGUCUUCUCCGUGGCCGUCGACCUCUCGCCGUACCUCAAGGAGGCCAUGUACGUCGGCUUCUCGGCCUCCACGGAGGGGAGCACCCAGCAGCACACCAUCAAGGAAUGGACCUUUCAGACCUUCGGGUUGCCGCCGGCGACCAACGCCUCCUCCUUUACCAACGCCACGAGCAAUGUCUCGGAGCCGGUGGUGACCGGCGUGGCCGCGAGCGGCGGAGCCACCAGCAAGAAAAGGUUUGGGCGCGCCAUCACCAUCCUCGGCCCCGUCGCGCUCGCCGUCGCGUUCGUGUUCUUCGCCUGUGUGUCCGUCAAGAAGCUGGCAGAGCUCAGCUCGAAGAAGGACGCUAUCUUCCUGCCGGGGCUGCUCAAGGGGCCAAGGAAGUUCAGCCACAAGGAGCUGAGCAUGGCGACCAGAGGAUUCCACGCGAGCAGAGUCAUCGGCAGAGGCGCGUUCGGCACGGUUUACAAGGCGGCCAUGCCGGGGGCUCCCACCACGUACGCCGUGAAGCGGUCGACGCAAGCGCACCAGAGCCGGAGCGAGUUCGUCGCCGAGCUCUCCGUCAUCGCCUGCCUCCGCCACAAGAACCUGGUCCAGCUGGAGGGCUGGUGCGACGAGAAGGGCGAGGUGCUGCUCGUGUACGAGUACAUGCCCAACGGCAGCCUGGAUAAGGCGCUGUACGGCGACCCCUGCACGCUCUCCUGGCCGGAGCGCCACAACGUGGCCGCCGGCAUCGCGUCCGUGCUGUCCUACCUCCACCAGGAGUGCGAGCAGCGCGUGAUCCACAGGGACAUCAAGACCGGCAACAUACUGCUCGACGGCAACCUGAGCCCCCGGCUGGGCGACUUCGGGCUCGCCCGGCUCAUGGACCACAACAAGAGCCCGGUGUCCACGCUUACCGCGGGCACCAUGGGGUACCUGGCGCCGGAGUACCUGCAGUCCGGCAAGGCCACGGACCAGACCGACGUGUUCAGCUACGGCGUGGUGGUGCUGGAGGUGUGCUGCGGGAGGCGGCCGAUCGACAGGGAGGAGGCCGACAAGGACGGGGCCGGGAGCAAGAACAACGUAAACCUGGUGGACUGGGUGUGGCGCCUCCACGGCGAGGACCGGCUCAUCGAGGCCGCCGACGCGCGGCUGAACGGCGAGUUCGACCGGGAGGGGAUGCUGCGGCUGCUGCUCGUCGGACUGAGCUGCGCCAACCCGAACUGCGAGGAGCGGCCGGCGAUGCGGCGGGUGGUGCAGAUACUGAACCGCGAGGCCGACCCGGUGCCGGUGCCGCGGAAGAAGCCGCUCCUCGUGUUCAGCUCCAGCGCGUCGAUCAAGCUGCAGGAGAUGGCCUUCUCCUGCGGCGACGACGUCAGAGGAGGCUACCCGGCCGCCACCACCACCAACCCGGCGUCCCCGAAAUCGGAGGGAGCCGACAUAGAAAGGUGAUCAAAGGAAAACAAUGUGCUGUUGUGUGAUUCUCGUACACGUUUGUUGUGAUGUGCUUGCUCAUAAGGGGAAUAUAGGUAAUAAUCCCCAAUGGUGUAUGAUUGUUGGAAUGCUAAUAAGCUUAUUGGUGUGUUUAUCUCGUUUAA